ACCGGAGGAGAUGGGGUUACUCCCGGCACACACAUGGCCGCUAAUCAAUGGUAGCUGCUGCCGUGUAGUACCGGUGCCCGGAGCGCAGCGGGAAUCAAUUCUCAUCCCUCUCUGUCUGAACUCUGAAACCCCCCCGUGGAUUCAUCAACAACUCCUGUUCCCGCGGGGCCCCGGCCCAAAAGCGCGCUCUUUUAUACCCCGCGCCCCGGCCACAGCCCCACCACCACCGCGCCACGCACACCAACUUGCUUUUCCCUCCAUCGGAGCGAGAACUCGGUCGCAGAGAGAGAGAGAGAGAGAGAGAGAGAGAGAGAGAGAGAGAGAGAGAGAGAGAGAGAGAGAGAGAGAGAGAGAGAGAGAGAGAGAGAGAGAGAGAGGGAGGAUGGAAGGGGCGGUGGAGAGCGGAGGGGGUGGGGACAAGGGGUCGAGCAGCAGGUUCAGGCGGGUGUGCGUGUUCUGCGGGAGCAGCUCCGGCAAGCGGAGCAGCUACCGGGACGCGGCCGUGGAGCUCGGCAGGGAGCUGGUGGCGAGGAAGGUGGACCUGGUGUACGGGGGCGGCAGCGUCGGGCUCAUGGGGGAGGUCUCCGAGGCCGUGCACAAGGGCGGCGGCCAUGUCAUUGGCGUCAUACCGACGACACUGAUGGGCAAGGAGAUCACCGGGGAGACGGUGGGCGAGGUGCGUGCCGUGUCGGGCAUGCACCAGCGCAAGGCGGAGAUGGCGCGCAACUCCGACGCCUUCAUCGCGCUCCCAGGCGGGUACGGGACGCUGGAAGAGCUCCUGGAGGUGAUCGCGUGGGCCCAGCUGGGCAUCCACAGCAAGCCGGUGGGGCUCCUGAACGUGGACGGGUACUACGACUUCCUGCUGGCCUUCAUCGACAAGGCGGUGGACGACGGCUUCAUCAAGCCCGCCCAGCGCCACAUCUUCGUCAGCGCCCCCGACGCCAGGGCCCUCGUCCACAAGCUCGAGGAGUACGAGGCGGUGGCGGAGGAGGACCCGGCGACGCCCAAGCUGCAGUGGGAGAUCGAGCAGGUCGGCUACAACGCCACGCUCCAGGCCGAGAUCGCCCGCUAGAUCGCCUGCCCGGCGGCCGCGCGCGGCAUCGGCUCCCAUCAUCCUAUUCCUAGCUGCAAGUAGUAGGCAACGAGUUCAUUAAUUAUAUUUGACCACGAGAAAGUGGGGGCACGGACGGACGAGCAAAACGCAUGCACCGGAGGAUUUUGUUUUUUGGGCGCGCGCGCGCGUUUUGCUCCUAUCUAGCUUUGAAUUGUCCUGCGGCGUGCACCAUGCACUGUAACGUGUCCCUAGUAUAGCUAGGUAGUCAUCCAUGAUGUACCCAAGAGUUGAGUUGUUACUAGUAGCGGCCGGUGUAAAAGUAAAAAACUCGUAAUGUAAUUCACAUCGGAGAAGUACUAACUUAUCUCCAUCGCCGGCCCAUGCUCAUGGCGUUUACCUUUUUUUUUCC